GAUGUCCCCCCCUCUCUCCAUCUCACACCCCCACCCUCUAAAAAAAAAGCUGUGUUGUCAAAUGAUCGGUAAAUAGUUAUUGUAGCCAAAGCUUCUCUUUUGGGAAUCAAUCGAUAGCGAGAUAAGAAGUGCCGUGGCAGCCAGUGUAUUCAACUCUGUAACUGUCAACGGGGGUGUGUUUUAAAAUCACGCAUAUCCUUCUGCUCCUUUUUCUUCUUUUUUUAAACACAUGCCCCGACGCGGCAGAGUCUGCUCAGUAGAGACUCUCAAAAAACACACUGCGUGGUGUCGGAGAGAAAAAAGGGGAAACUAAUUAAUAAUAGUGUAAAGCACGACUCCAGACAAAGUUUCGAUGGUUUUCCGAAAGCUGCCGGGCGUGUCGGCGUCGGGCAUGGGGCUGCGCCUGUCGCAGAAGUUCGUGUUCCUGCUCUUCCUCUCCGGGUUGGUGACGCUCUGUUUCGGGGCCCUUUUCUUUUUGCCCGACUCCGUCCGACUAAAGCGCAUCUUUUUGUCCAAGACCGAGACCCAGCCGGUCACCGUGGGCUCCGGGUCCGAGAACGAUGCCCGGGAGCUCUUGAAACGAGCCAAGGAGCCGGAGCUCCCCCGGGGCAUGACCUCGGCCAGAGUGGAGACCAGCACCAGGCUGAAGAACCUGAGCCGCAAGCCCACCGUCUCUCGAGAGGCGACCGAGGAGCGGCUCGCCGCGGCGGGGAAAGCGCUGGAGGACUUCACUCUGCCCCGGUCCAGGACGGAGUCCGCCUCGGCGAAGGCGACCUCGUUCGCCCGCGGCGCGGCCCCCUCGGAGCCGUUCAGCUACGACGCGUUCAAAGCCUGCCUGCUCAAGCCGCCGCUGGGACGAGACAGCGGCCGGCCGACGGACCCGGAGACCAACGCGCGCCGCGAGAAAGUCAAAGAGAUGAUGAAGUUUUCCUGGGACAACUACAAGCGCUACGCCUGGGGCAAGAACGAGCUGCGGCCUCUGACGAGAAACGGGCACAUCGGCAACAUGUUCGGUGGCCUGAGAGGAGCCUCCAUCAUUGACUCACUGGACACUCUAUACAUCAUGGGACUGAUGGAUGAAUACAAAGAUGCCAAGGAGUGGGUGGAGACCAGCCUGGACUUAAACUCGAACGGUGAGGCGUCCCUCUUCGAGGUGAACAUCCGUUACGUUGGCGGCUUGCUGGCGGCGUACUACCUGACAGGAGAGGAGAUGUACAAAAGUAAAGUGAUGGAGCUGGGAGAGAAGCUGCUGCCCGCCUUCAACACGCCAACGGGGAUCCCCCGAGGAGUCAUUAACCUGGGGAGCAGUGGCACCAGUUGGAGUUGGGGCUGGGCCUCAGCCGGGAGCAGCAUCCUGGCUGAGUUCGGGACUCUUCAUCUCGAAUUCGUCCAUCUGUCGGAGCUCUCCAGGAAUCCCAUCUACAAAGAGAAGGUGAUGAACAUCAGAAAACUACUGACCAAGAUUGAAAAACCCCACGGCCUGUACCCCAACUUCCUCAGUCCAGUCAGCGGCAACUGGGUCCAACAUCACGUUUCCAUCGGAGGCCUCGGGGAUAGUUUCUACGAGUAUCUGAUCAAAUCAUAUCUGAUGUCGGACAAGACGGACGAGGGCGCAAAGAAAAUGUACUACGGCGCGCUGGAGGCGAUUGAAGCCAAUCUGGUGCAGAAGUCCCCCGGGGGUCUCACCUACAUGGCCGAGUGGAGGGGCGGGAUCCUGGACCACAAGAUGGGCCACCUGGCCUGCUUCUCCGGGGGCAUGAUCGGCAUCGGCGCAGACGAUGGCGCGCCGGAGAAGAGGCAACACUUCCUGGACCUGGCUGCCGAGAUCACGCACACGUGCCACGAGAGCUACACUCGCUCAGCCACCAAACUGGGACCGGAGGCGUUCAGGUUUGACGGCGGAGGGGAAGCAACCGCGACCAGGCUGAGCGACCGGUACUACAUCCUCCGCCCGGAGGUCAUCGAGAGCUACAUGUACAUGUGGAGGCUGACCCACGACCCCAAGUACAGAGAGUGGGGUUGGGAAGCUGUCGAGGCCCUGGAGCGACACUGCAGAGUGGAGUCGGGCUUCUCCGGGAUCCGAGACGUUUACUCCAUGACAGCCAGCCACGAUAACAUGCAGCAGAGCUUCUUCCUCUCAGAGACACUCAAGUAUCUGUACCUGCUCUUCUCCGACGACGACCUCCUCCCACUGGAGGACUGGGUCUUUAAUACAGAAGCCCACCCGCUGCCCAUCAUCCACAAGAACUGCCAGCGGGACGAAGCGACGCAGGGCAAGACGGCGUCCGAAUGAGGCCGAACGCGCCCCCGGCGGCCGAGACGGACGCGUUAGCACGGCUCCCGUGUGAACACAGAGUCGCAGCAACAUGGCGACCACCAACUCAACGCCGGUUCAGUCUUUUCAGGAGUGCGUUAUGGACUCUCGACUACUUUCCAGUAAAGGACGCCGUCGUUUUACGCUGUGAUUGUAUAUCCUUCUCGCCGAGGGGUGACUUCCUGCUGGCGUAGUUUUGUUUUUUUCUUGUGAACAAUCAAGACACACGUGACUUUUGUGAAAAGAGCACCUUUUUUUUCUUUCCUUCUUUCCUCCGUGAGGAAACCAGUAUAACUUGCAGACCCAAAUGUAGUGGGAGGAGGGUUGAACUUAUGGGCCAUAGUGUUAGAAAGAGAGAGAAGCGGAUUGAAGACCACGUGAGUUUUGCUCUUGAGUUUGUCGUUUCGUUCAACUUAAAGUGACGAAUGUUUUCCUUUUAAUGUCAUUGCAUCUUUUCCUUUGCGACUACACUCUUUGACCAAAGGUUUCUUUGCAUUUUUAUUUCCCUCUUUCCAGUAAUGUGUUUUUUGGUGAGUUUUGACUGAAAGUAAAACAAUGUACAAUACGGCUUGAAUUGUAAUGAUUAUUGAUUAAUGUACAGACAAACACACACACGUGAUUCUCAAAUUCACCUCCAAACUAAUGUUGAUGUCAUGUUUCUUACUUGAAACGAGCUUGAAUUAAUUUCUUAAAAAGCUGGGAGGUGUCAGGCGAGGGGCAGUGUCUUAUGCAUCCAGGGGACAAUGAAAAAAACAAAUGAUGUUGGGUCGGCUUUCCGUCGUAUGCUCGGGUUAUUUUAUGACGAGGACAACGCUUUCUCAGUCCUCUCAGCCUUUCAAAUCAAAGUAACUCAUGGAGUCCUGUCCGUUCUGUGGCUGUAAUUCAUGCAUUAAGGGUAAAAGAAGACAUGUGCUCCAUCUCCCAAUGGGUUUCCCCGUUUCUGUUGUCGUUAUUCUGCUUCACCCUGCCGUUUACAUGCGAGUCCACACAGCUGACGACACUGAGGUUAAAGGCCGUGAGCCCGAGAGUGGAGAGAGAUCUCGUUUUCAUCACUGUUCUAUUCAUCACUGCUGUCCUGCAGUUGUGGAGUGACUGUGCUGUACAUACAGAUGAAGUGGAAGACCCUGUAUGAGCUUGUCUUGAUUUUAAUUUGUGAUCUUUUCUUUUUUUUCUUUUUUUUUACUUCAAUGUUUUUUUUUCUCUUCUGGAUUCUCUUUUGAUUUGCUUCCCUCAGGUGUUUCAGUAAAAAAAAAAACUAAGGUUUUCUGACUUAAGUCUAGUUAUCGCUGAUAUUAAUUAUUAUUACUUAUUCUUACUGUUUGAUUUAACUUUCAUUGUUGGAUAUUUUCAAAUACUGAUAAAAAGACCUGUGCAACUUUGUACAUUUAAAACAAU